AGACGCACACAAAGAUGUCGCUCGUUGCCGUGCCCUUCUACCAGAAGAGACACAAGCACUUUGACCAGUCUUAUCGUAACGUUCAAACAAGGUACCUUCUGGAUGAAUAUGCAGCGAAGAAGCGCGCUUCGACCCAGUCCUCUUCUCAGACGGCUGUCACUCAGGAGUCAUCUUCCCACAGAGCGUCCAGCCAGACAGCCUUGGGAAGGACAACCUGUAGGCUCUGCGCAAAGAGGCUGAGCGCCGAGUCAGAGGAGGAGCAUGAACGGAAAAGGAGGUACCAGUCUCUGGAGGCCGCCUACGGGGAGGCCAAGCGGGAGCGUUUCCUCAGGGAACUGGCCGAGCUGGAGGAAAACGUGCACCUGGCGCGCUCCCACGCUCAGUCCAAGCUGGACCGAUACGCCAUCCAGCAGAUGGUGGAGGACAAGCUGGCCUGGGAGAGGCCCGCGUUGGAGGAGCGGAUGCGGAGAGCCCCCGAGAUCCUGGUGCGCCUGCGCUCGCACACCGUGUGGGAGAGGAUGAACGUGAAGCUCUGCUUCACCGUGCAGGGCUUUCCCACCCCCGUGGUGCAGUGGUAUAAAGAUGGUGUUUUGAUCUGCCAAGCAGAAGAGCCGGGGAAGUACCGGAUCGACAGCAAGUACGGCGUGCACACGCUGGAGAUCAACAGGGCACACUUUGACGAUACUGCAACCUACUCCGCGGUGGCGACGAACGUGCAUGGACAGGUGUCGACCAACGCGGCGGUCGUGGUGAGAAGGUUCCGAGGAGACGAGGAGCCGUUCCAUUCCGUGGGACUCCCAAUUGGAUUGCCCUUAUCGUCCGUGGUUCCAUACAUGCACUUUGACAUCCAGUUUUUGGAGAAAUUCGGGGUCACCUUCAGAAGAGAAGGCGAGACUCUCACUCUUAAGUGCACGCUGCUGGUGACACCGGAGCUGAAAAGGGUGCAGCCUCGAGCCGAGUGGUACCGGGACGAUGUGCUGCUGAAAGAGUCCAAGUGGACAAAGAUGUUCUUCGGGGAGGGCCAGGCCUCGCUGUCCUUCAGCCACCUGAACAAGGAUGACGAAGGUCUGUACACUCUGAGGAUCGUGUCGCGAGGAGGCAUCAGAGAGCACAGCGCCUUCCUGUUCGUGAGAGACGCUGACCCACUGGUCACAGGGGCUCCUGGCGCGCCUAUGGACUUGCAGUGUCACGAUGCCAACCGAGAUUAUGUCAUUGUAACGUGGAAGCCACCCAACACCACCGCCGAGAGCCCCGUCAUCGGCUACUUCAUUGAUCGAUGUGAAGUGGGAACUGACAAUUGGGUUCAGUGCAAUGAUGCCCCUGUGAAAAUCUGCAAAUACCCUGUGACUGGACUUUUUGAAGGAAGGUCUUACAUAUUCCGAGUGAGGGCGGUCAAUAAUGCGGGGAUCAGCAGGCCUUCUAGAGUCUCUGAAGCUGUGGCUGCCCUUGACCCCAUUGACCUGAAAAGGUUAAAAGGAGUCCACUUGGAGGGAGAUAAAGAAAUUGUAAUGUAUGAGGAUGAAUCUGAAGGCGAAGUUCAGGUUCCAGGACCUCCCACCAACGUACACGCCUCGGAGAUCAGCAGAACAUAUGUUGUCCUCAGCUGGGACCCGCCUGUUCCCCGUGGCAAGGAACCGCUGAUGUAUUUCAUCGAGAAGUCCGUGGUUGGCAGUGGGACCUGGCAGCGGGUCAACGCCCAGACGGCUGUGAGGUCCCCUCGGUACGCCGUCUUUGACCUUGCUGAAGGGAAACCAUAUGUGUUCCGAGUUUUGUCAGCAAAUAAGCAUGGGCUGAGUGACCCUUCGGAGAUCACGCCCCCCAUUCAGGCACAGGAUACAAUCGUCACUCCUUCCGCUCCUGGCCGGGUGCUCGCGUCUCGGAACACCAAGACGUCGGUGGUGGUGCAGUGGGACCCUCCGAAGCACCAAGAGGACCUGCUGGGCUACUAUGUAGACUGCCGCGUGGCAGGAUCCAACGUCUGGGAGCCAUGCAACCACAAGCCCAUCGGUUACAACAGGUUCGUUGUGCACGGCUUAACGACUGGCGAGCAAUACAUCUUCCGUGUUAAAGCCGUUAAUCCUGUUGGGAUGAGUGAAAAUUCUCAGGAGUCGGACGUCAUAAAGGUCCAGGCCGCCCUUACGGUCCCAUCCCAUCCCUACGGGAUUACGCUCCUGAACUGUGAUGGCCAUUCCAUGACCCUGGGCUGGAAGGUGCCUAAAUUCAGCGGUGGCGCCCCCAUCCUUGGCUACUAUAUAGACAAGCGGGAGGCCCAUCAUAAAAACUGGCAUGAGGUCAAUUCUGCGCCCAUCCAGGAGAGGAUCUUAACGGUUGGGGGCUUGACAGAAGGCUCAUUAUAUGAAUUCAAAAUUGCUGCCACCAACCUGGCGGGCAUUGGGCAGCCGUCGGAUCCCAGCGAGCUCUUCAAGUGCGAGGCCUGGACCAUGCCUGAACCUGGUCCUGCCUAUGAUUUGACGUUCUGCGAGGUCAGGGAUACGUCGCUGGUCAUGCUGUGGAAACCCCCCGUGUAUUCAGGCAGCAGUCCCGUUUCUGGGUAUUUUGUGGACUAUAAGGAGGAGGAUUCCGGAGAAUGGAUCACUGUGAAUGAGGUGGCAACUGCAAACCGUUACUUAAAGGUCUGUGACCUACACCAAGGCAAAACUUAUGUCUUCAGAGUCCGGGCUGUGAAUGCGAGCGGAGUGGGAAAGCCGUCAGACACGUCUGAGCCGGUGCUCGUGGAGGCCAGGCCAGGCACCAAGGAAAUCACUGCUGGAGUAGACAAAGAAGGCAACAUCUACCUGAGCUUUGACUGCCCGGAGAUGACGGACGCCUCUCACUUCACCUGGUGUAAAUCCUAUGAGGACAUCGCAGACGAUAAGAGGUUUAAGGUGGAAACCGUCGGGGACCACUCGAAGCUGUACUUUAAGAAUCCCGAUAAAGAAGAUUUAGGGACCUACUCUGUGUCUGUAAGUGACACGGAUGGAGUGUCCUCCAGCUUUGUCUUGGAUCAAGAAGAGCUUGAACAUUUGAUGGCGCUGAGCAAUGAAAUCAAAAAUCCCACAAUUCCUCUGAAAUCAGAAUUAGCUUAUGAGAUUUUUGAUAAGGGCCAGGUUCGCUUCUGGCUCCAGGCUGAGCACUUAUCACCAGACGCCAGCUAUCGAUUUGUUAUUAAUGACAGAGAAGUCCCUGACAGCGAGAAACACAGAAUUAAAUGUGAUAAGUCCACUGGCAUUAUUGAGAUGGUAAUGGAUCGAUUUACUGUUGAGAACGAAGGGACCUACACUGUGCAGCUUCAAGACGGAAAUGCCAAAAAUCAGUCUUCCCUGGUUCUUAUUGGAGAUGCAUUCAGAGCUGUGCUAGACGAGGCUGAAUUUCAAAGGAAAGAAUUUCUCAGGAAACAAGGCCCUCAUUUUGCUGAGUAUCUGCACUGGGAUGUCACAGAAGAAUGUGAAGUUCGACUUGCUUGUAAGGUUGCAAACACCAAGAAAGAAACAGUUUUCAAAUGGCUAAAGGAUGAUGUUCUGUAUGAAACUGAAAAGUUGCCUGAUCUAGAGAAGGGAGUCUGUGAGCUACUCAUACCUAAGUUGUCAAAGAAGGACCAUGGUGAAUAUAAGGCAACCUUGAAAGACGACAGAGGUCAAGAUGUGUCUACCCUUGAGAUAGCUGGCAAAGUGUACGAUGAUAUGAUUUUGGCAAUGAGCAGAGUCUGUGGAGCAUCUGCUUCUCCGCUCAAGAUACUCUGCACCGCAGACGGAAUCAGACUUCAGUGUUUCUUGAAAUAUUUCACUGAGGAAAUGAAAGUGAACUGGUAUCACAAAGAUGCUAAGGUUGGGUCUAGCGAGCACAUGAGGAUUGGAGGGAGUGAAGACAUGGCCUGGCUGCAGAUCUGUGAACCUACAGAGAAGGAUAAAGGAAAAUAUACUUUUGAGAUUUUUGAUGGCAAAAAUAACCAUCAGCGCUCACUCGACCUAUCUGGUCAAGCUUUUGAUGAAGCGUUUGCAGAAUUCCAGCAGCUCAAGGCAGCUGCUUUUGCAGAGAAGAAUCGUGGCAAGGUGGUUGGUGGCUUACCUGAUGUGGUGACCAUAAUGGAGGGCAAGACCUUGAAUCUGACCUGCACGGUGUUUGGAAACCCUGACCCUGAAGUGGUGUGGUUCAAGAAUGACAAGGACAUCGAGCUCAGCGACCACUUCUCCGUCAAGGUGGAGCAGGCCAAGUACGUCAGCCUGACCAUCAAGGGCGUGACCUCUGAGGAUUCGGGCAAGUACAGCAUGAACGUCAAGAACAAGUAUGGAGGCGAGAAGAUCGACUUGACCAUCAGCGUGUACAAACACGGGGAAAAGAUCCCAGACGUGUUGCCGCCCCAGCAGGCCAAGCCAAAGCUCAUACCAGCGUCCACCUCCGAAUAA